AUGCUCGCCUACUGCGUGCAAGAUGCCACCGUGGUGGACGUGGAGAAACGGAGGAACCCCUCCAAGCACUAUGUAUACAUCAUUAACGUGACCUGGUCCGACUCCACGUCCCAGACCAUCUACCGGAGGUACAGCAAGUUCUUUGACCUGCAGAUGCAGCUUUUGGAUAAGUUUCCCAUCGAAGGUGGCCAGAAGGACCCCAAGCAGAGAAUCAUCCCCUUCCUCCCAGGCAAAAUCCUCUUCCGGAGAAGCCACAUCCGGGACGUAGCUGUGAAGAGGCUGAAGCCCAUCGAUGAGUACUGCCGGGCACUUGUCCGGCUGCCACCCCAUAUUUCACAGUGUGAUGAAGUCUUUCGGUUCUUUGAGGCCCGACCAGAGGAUGUCAACCCCCCGAAAGAGGACUAUGGCAGUUCCAAGAGGAAAUCAGUGUGGCUCUCCAGCUGGGCUGAGUCUCCUAAGAAGAACGUGACAGGUGCCGACACCCACGCCGAGCCCAUGAUCCUGGAACAGUACGUGGUGGUGUCCAACUAUAAGAAGCAGGAGAACUCGGAGCUGAGCCUCCAGGCCGGGGAGGUGGUGGAUGUCAUCGAGAAGAACGAGAGCGGCUGGUGGUUCGUGAGCACCUCUGAGGAACAGGGCUGGGUCCCUGCCACCUACCUGGAGGCCCAGAAUGGUACUCGGGACGACUCAGAUAUCAACACCUCCAAGACUGGGGAAGAGGAGAAGUAUGUCACUGUGCAGCCUUACACCAGCCAGAGCAAGGACGAGAUUGGUUUUGAGAAGGGCGUCACCGUGGAGGUGAUCCGGAAGAAUUUGGAGGGCUGGUGGUACAUCAGAUACCUGGGCAAAGAGGGCUGGGCACCAGCAUCCUACCUGAAGAAAGCCAAGGAUGACCUGCCAGCACGGAAGAAGAAUCUGGCAGGCCCGGUGGAGAUCAUCGGGAACAUCAUGGAGAUCAGCAACCUGCUNAACAAAAAGGCGUCCGGGGACAAGGAGACCACCCCAGCUGAAGGCGAGGGCCCGGAGGCCCCCAUCACCAAGAAGGAGAUCAGCCUGCCCAUCCUCUGCAAUGCUUCCAACGGCAGCGCCCUGGGUGUCCCCGAGAGGACCGUCUCCAAGCUGGCCCCGGGCUCCCCAGCCGUGGCCAGGAUCGCCCCUCAGAGGGCCCAGAUCAGCUCCCCGAACCUCAGGACAAGGCCUCCACCUCGCAGAGAGUCCAGCUUGGGGUUCCAGCUGCCUAAGCCACCAGAGCCCCCUUCUGUUGAGGUGGAGUACUACACCAUUGCCGAAUUCCAGUCGUGCAUUUCUGAUGGGAUCAGUUUUCGAGGCGGACAGAAGGCAGAGGUCAUCGACAAGAACUCGGGUGGCUGGUGGUACGUGCAGAUCGGUGAGAAGGAGGGCUGGGCCCCCGCGUCGUACAUCGAUAAGCGCAAGAAGCCCAACCUGAGCCGCCGCACGAGCACUCUGACGCGGCCCAAGGUGCCCCCACCGGCACCACCCAGCAAGCCCAAGGAGGCCGAGGAGGGUCUGGCGGGUGCUGGUGAGAGCCAGGACUCCCCGCUGAGGCUCAGGUACGAGGAGCCCGAGUAUGACAUCCCUGCCUUUGGCUUCGACUCAGAGCCAGAGCUGAGUGAGGAGCCCGCAGAGGACGGCGGCUCGGGGGACAGGCGGCCCGGCCAGCCCCGCAGGCCCUCGCCCGCCUUCUCGCUGCAGCGCGCCCGCUUCAAGGUGGGCGGAUCUGCAGAGGACGUGGCCCUGGAGGAGGAGACCAUCUACGAGAACGAGGGCUUCCGGGCAUGCGCAGAGGACACCCUGGCGGCCAGGCGCUCCUCCCGGGACAGCGACUCCCCAGGCGGCUCCCCGCCGUCCCUUGCCAGGAAAAACUCCCCCAGAUCGGGCUCCCCCAGAUCGUCGUCGCUCUUGAAGCUCAAGGCAGAGAAGAACGCCCAGGCGGAACUGGGGAAGAACCACUCCUCGGCCUCCUUUUCCUCGUCCAUCACCAUCAGCACCACCUGCUCUUCCUCCUCCUCCUCUUCCUCCUCGUCCUUGUCCAAGAACAGUGGGGACCUGAAGCGCCGUUCUGCCUCGGACGCAGGCAUCCGCGGCACUCCCAAGGUCGGAGCGAGGAAGGAUGCUGACCUGAAGACUGGGCUGACCUCCUGUGCCCGGGCCAAGCCAUCAGUUCGGCCCAAGCCGUUCCUGAACCGCACAGAGUCCCAGAGUCAAGAGAAGAUGGACAUCAGCACUUUACGGCGCCAGCUGAGGCCCACUGGCCAGCUCCGGGGUGGCCUCAAGGGCUCCAAGAGCGAGGAUUCGGAGCUGCCGCCCCAGAUGGCCUUCGAGGGUCCCGGUGAGGGGUCCAGGAGAGGCUCGGCCGACCUCAUCACCCUCCCUGCUGCCACGCCCCCGUGUCCCACCAAGAAGGGGUGGGAAGGGCAGGCCACCUCCUACACGGCAUGUAGUGCCUACCAAAAGGUCCAGGACUCGGAGAUCAGCUUCCCGGCAGGCGUGGAGGUGCAGGUGCUUGAGAAGCUGGAAAGUGGCUGGUGGUACGUGAGGUUCGGGGAGCUGGAGGGCUGGGCCCCCUCCCACUAUCUGGUGCUCGGUGAGAACGAGCAAUUCGACCCCCCUGGCAAAGAGCUGGACACAGUGGCCACCAAGAGCAAGAAGCAGAACGAGGGCAAGUCAGACAGCCUCGAAAAGAUCGAGAAGCGGGUCCAAGCGCUGAACACUGUCAACCAGAGCAAGAGGGCCACGCCGCCCAUCCCCUCCAAGCCUCCCGGGGGCUUCGUCAAGACCUCGGCUGCCGGGGCGGUGAAGAUGAGGAAUGGCGUGCGGCAGGUGGCCGUGAGGCCCCAGUCGGUGUUCGUGUCCCCACCGCCCAAGGACAGCAACCUGUCCUGUGCCCUGAGGAGGAAUGAGUCGCUGACGGCCACCGACGGCCUCCGAGGCGUCCGCCGGAACUCCUCCUUCAGCACUGCCCGCUCGGCAGCCGCAGAAGCCAAGGGCCGCCUGGUCGAACGGGCCGCCAGCCAGGGCUCGGACCCUCCUCUGCUGCCCACUCAGCGCAACGGCAUCCCGGUGUCCCCUGUGCGCCCCAAGCCCAUUGAGAAGUCCCAGUUCAUCCACAACAACCUCAAAGAUGUGUACGUCUCGAUCGCGGACUACGAGGGGGACGAGGAGACGGCGGGCUUCCAGGAGGGCGUGUCCAUGGAGGUCCUGGAGAGGAACCCCAACGGCUGGUGGUACUGCCAGAUCCUGGACGGGGUGAAGCCCUUCAAAGGCUGGGUGCCCUCCAACUACCUGGAGAAAAAGAACUAA